AAGCGAUUACAAGACAAUACUAAUACUAAUGGCAUAUCUAUUGAAGCUUCAAUUUUCCAUACACGUUCUUCCGGUGGUGACAUUCGUGGCAGUACCACAAACAAGUGUCUCAGUCACAUGUGUAUGUCAACGAAGCUUUAUUUGAUACACUCCUUCACUCAUUUGCAAUUCAGUCGAGUCAUGGUCAAAAGCUGCUAUAGGGGAUUACAUGAAAUGAAUACUAUUUUAAUCAGAUACACUCGCCUUUACAAGGUAUUAAGCAGAAGAACAAUGGCCACCAAAUCACGCAGUCCACUCGGCUGGCCUCACAAGCGCUGCUCCCUGGUCAGUUUUUUCCGUCUUGAAAGGUUUGAUCGUGCUAUUCAUCGAAUUAGAUUUGAAGUACAGCGACGAUAUUUUCAAUUAUACUCGGGGUCGUUUUGUGUGUGAUGAAGAAUAUGAGAUGUCACAGCACCAUGUCCAUUUCAAUGUUAAUGAGAUGGCUCGUAUCGCGGCAAAAGCUGUUGGGGAAAAAUUAUGCGUUAGCAUUGAAAAGUAUCCUAACGACAUGUACAAUAAGGCUAUGCUUCUCAAAAUGGACAAUGGCACUCAAGUUGUAGCGAAAGUUCCAAAACCGAGUGCUGGUAGGCCUCAUUUUACUACUGCAAGCGAAGUUGCAACAAUGGACUUUGUAUGUAUGUUGGAUUUAGAUAUUAAUGUACGCAGAUACUUCAACAAAUAUACUUUAGGCAAGGAAUGUUCUUGGAGCCCCUGUUCCCAAAGUCUUUGCUUGGAGUUCUACAGCCCAGGAAAAUCCCGUUGGUGCAGAAUAUAUUAUCAUGGAAAAGGUUCCAGGAAUCGAGCUAGAACAUGUUUGGCCAAGUAUGGGGAUCGAAGACAGAUUUACUCUUGUCAAAGCCAUUACUGGUUUCCAGAAAGCCUGGGCUUCGGUUUCCUUUAAGAAAUUUGGGGGUCUUUAUUACGCCAAAGAUCUAGAGGAACGAACUGGAAAUGAGCCCUUGUAUACCGAUGCAAAUGGGAUUGAUAUCACAAAUGCCAAAUUCGCUAUUGGUCCAUCUACAGGACGCGAAUUAAUUGAUAACGGAAGAGCAAACGUUGGCUUUGAUAGCGGUCCAUGUAAGAUUUUCUAUGUUGAAGCCAGGACUUAUCUAACUAAUGAGUAUAAGGGGGUAAUUUAAGGAGUACCACACCGCAAUCGGGCUUUGAGAAAUAGCUUGCGUCAAUCAGCUCCCUCGCCUACCCAAGUCUCCAGUAACCCUCUGUGGCCCCGUAACCUACCAACCAACAAGAGAAAGAAAG